AUGUACGUUGGAAAACGGUCAGCAUCUGAUGGGACAUUCUCACCUUGUCAAGAACAUGCAGUUGUCAUUGAGCCAAUAUCGAUAGUGGAUGAUGUUUGCACCGAAGAUGAAGAGGACGCUUACGAGGAAAUGGAUGAAGAGGAUGAGGAGCGUCCAACAUCGACUGCGUUACUACCGGUGAUUCCUUACAAGGAAGUUGAAUCUUUGGGUACGUUUUAG